UUCUAGACUUGAUGCACACCCUACACAGCCGUACAGCGCAAAUUUUCAAAUGGUGGCGUGAAGAAGCAGAAGGACAAGGUGCAGAAGAUUACGACCUAUGGGAAGUGGCAUGGAAACCACUUUUGCAAGGAAUCGCUCAGUUCUGCACUGAUAGACGGAAACAAGUGGCGAACAGCGCCAUCACGUACCUGCAGCGCGCGCUUCUGGUCCCCGGGCUAUCGGCGAUGGGCGGCGGCGGCUGGGAGGCGUGCUUCCAGAGCGUCUUGUUCCCGCUGCUCGAGCAGCUGCCCAGGCGGGCUGACACCACGUCCAGAGCCAACACUAUUAUGUGCAAGGUAUUCCUCCAGCACCUGUCAGCGCUGUCCCCCCGGCCGACGUUCGGCGCGCUGUGGGUGCGCAUCGUGGAGGUACAGCGCGCUCUGAUCGCUGCGCCGCCCGACGACCCCCUGACGGAAGCAGCGCUGGAGUCGCUCAAGAACAUGAUCCUCGUCAUGGACUCUGUCAGGAUUUUCAACAACGGUGAUGGAUACAACGAUUUGUGGUACAUCACGUGGGACAAGAUCGGAGAGUUCCUGCCUAACCUCAAGGACGAGUUAUUCCCUCAAGUGCAGGAUAACGCCCGACCACCUGCCAGUCUGCCAAGCCACAUGCACCCUUCCCUACCCCCUACGCUACCCACCCUGAUCCCCGUGGGCCUCACCGGUACGCCAACCGUCCUUCCUAUCCCUCCACCAGGCCAAAGCCAACCGCCACACGCACAGAUCCAGACACCGCCGAUGACAACUUCACCAACUCAGAUUUUGGGUCAAAUACCAAAUCACCAAAAUCCGAUGAUAGUUCCUCAAACCAUUCAGAAUAUUUACCAACCUUUGACAAGUAACGUAUUGACCCAAAAUCAUCGUCCCAUUCAAGUGCAAACAUCACUGCCUAUGUUAUCUCAAAUGGCCCAUUCCCCGGUAAACAUGGGCCAGACGCCACCGCCGAUGACGUCACACAUCGUAGCCCCGACUCCAGUGAGUGGCAUGGUGCCGAUUAGGAAUCCUUUGUACGACCAGGCCGGGUUGACCUCUUCGGUGCUUUUGCAGCCCUUGAAUGAGAUGAUAUCUACACCAAUCGGCAUUACCCUACAGUCACAAAUACCAACUCUAUACCCGCAAAGUGACGUGACGGAAAAAACCGAAGCUCUUCAUGAACCCGUAAAAACCGACCCAAUAAUCGUACCACAAGAAACAAACGUAACUUCAGCGACGCAAAUAGAAACGAAGCCCUUACAAAACGCAUCACUAGUCGCAGUGCCUGCAUCUCCUCAAGUAACGUCUUCUCCAAUCAAAAACACGAUACUUGAUAUUCUAGACGACAUGAAAGACGUAGAACAGAGCGAAUUAUACGCGGAAUACCUAACAAAUCCUUAUAAUGAAACUAAAAAUCUAUCCACAAAGGAGGCUGCGUUAUACGAGCCAGUAAACAACCAAAAGAUGACAGAUACCGAGUGUUUAAAUGAAGCUCUUCUUGAAAAGAAAUCAUUAAGCGAAAAUGCUACUCCAUUGCAUAGAAAUAAAGCUCAAUUUAAUUCAACGGAUAACGUGAGACAGGAGUCGAGUAUAUUCAACUUUUCAAGUUACUUUGAAGGUGGUGCUGUUAUGCCAGGUUCAGAAGUGUUUGAUACUUUAAUGUCCACACAGGAAGGAUAGCUGGAAAUUGAUGUUGGAACUUGGUUAUAGUUUUAUUAUAAAAAAAAAAUUCAUGUCUCUAAUUGAGUUUUGGAGUCGAACUGGUCAGGACUAUGCUGAAGCUAAAAAUUUUUUUAUUAUUAUUUAUCGUUGACAAAU